GGCAAAGACUGCUCGACUUCCGGCAUGAUCGAUGCGUGUUCUGGGAAAGUGGUGCCGCGGGGCUUGGGCGGCUGUUUGCUGGUGAAUUCGAAGCAACAGGUUCUGUGCUUGAUAGGAAGGUAGGUUUGUGUGGCUCCAAUGAGAGCGGACUUGUCCCAUUUUUAAUAAUGGAAUCAUCGUAGUUCUCGAAUAUACCGGUCAGCCAGGCUAAUGCAGUUGGCUCUGCCAGUAGAGACGAUUGAGAGGCUUUAUCCCGAGACUUAUUUGAGAAGAGGGGAGAGAUUUUUCCACCCCGAGCCUCGGGUGUGUUCUGGGGGUUCAGGGGCAUUUCCGGUCCAUCGUAUAGAAGAUCACUGUCCGUCACUUCGGCUAGCAAGUCCAGAUUUGAACUAGGAAACGGUAUUUCGACAACCGGCGAGCGGACGUUUCCUUUGCCAGAUACUGUUUGAUUUGGGUCAUUGUCAUGCCCAGCUUGGCAAGUAUCACUUUUCUGGGCAUCGCUGCAGCAUGGAACCGCUGGGUUGUGUUCCUCUGCUGGCAGGUAAGAGGCCGGAUCUGGAGAUGAUGGUGGGUUGAGCGGCGUCGGAUGGGAGGAGAGGCUCGUCGAGUUGCAAUCUAGCGUUUUCGGUACAGAGGGCGAAUGUGACUGCAUCCUGACCGUUCUACCGCC